GAACAGGAUGCUGGAUAUGAGACUCCGCCCAUGUGUGAUCUUCUGACCCUACUGUUGAAGAACCGACGUCCAUCUACUCCCUGUGAUGAAGUUUGGCCCGACAUCUUCAUCAGUAAUGCCGAGAGAUACGAGUCUGCUGAACGCAUUAAACAUCUCACACAUCAUCAACGCUGCACACGGACCUUCUCACAUCGAUACUGGAGCAGAUUUCUACUCUCAUACAAACAUACAGUACUAUGGUGUGGAGGCUCCAGACAGAAAAGACUUUGAUAUGACUCCAUUUUUCCACCCUACAGCCGGUUUCAUUCAUAACGCUUUGUACCAGCAAAAGAUUCAGACUUCUGAAAGUGUUUAUGACAGAUGGGGAACAGUAGCCUACGCUAUAAAUAACCCAGAAUUCAACACCCACCUCCAACCAGACCAAAGCAGUCGACUCUGAGCUCCUCUUAAAACAGAAAUAUUAAAGUCUGUCAGCAAUAAGACAACCCUACAUGUGAGAAAUCCUUCAGCAUUUACCCAUCGAGUGAUUGAAGAUGACCUCUCAGCAGAAGUCUGUAACGCAGAAAGUUUCUGAGGACUAUUUUACACCAAACGGCUAUGAGCUUGAGAAACAUCUCACACACGGCAGCGUGGCCUACACACACGUCAAUGAAGUCUGGCCAAACGUUUACAUAGGAAAUGAAGAAACAGCAAAAGAUCGCUAUAAGCUGAAGAGUCUGGCCAUUACACACAUACUGAACGCUGCUGAGGGCGAGUGGAACAAUGUGGACACCGGGCCUGAAUACUAUAAAGAUAUGAAUGUAGAUUACUACGGUAUUACAGCAGAAGAUACGACUACCUUCAACCUCAGCCAGUACUUCAAUACUACAGCAGAUUAUAUUCAUCAAACGCUCACAAACCCUCAGAAUAAGCUCCUCAUUCACUGUGUGAUGGGUCGCAGUCGCUCUGCUACACUUUUCCUGGCUUACCUGAUGAUCCACGAGAACAUGACGGUCGUAGAUGCCAUCGAUCACGUCAAACGCCGGAGACGCAUCACUCCAAACUGGGGCUUCCUGAAACAGCUGCGAGAACUCGACAUUCAUCUGCUGGAACAGAGAAGAGCUCAAAAUACACCAGCAGAAGAAAACACACACAAUUAAAAGUCUGUUUUAAAAGUUGCUCACCUUCAACAGGAGAUUUCUUUGAAGAAUCCACAAAAUAACAAAAACUUUACUUUUGGACUGAUAUCAUGAAGCAUUCAUACAGAUGCUCACCAUCAAAAACAUUAAGAUUAUUUUACAUGUUGGACAGCAAUGUAACUCAGAAAACCUAUUUUAUGUUGACUUCAAAUGUAAUGUUGCUUGCAGUGUUUGUAAUUGCAUAAUAUUAGGCAGUAAUAUAACCGAUAUUCACUCAGAUAAACAAUGAUUUUGGGGAUUUUUGAUAAUCUAGCAACUUCAAGAAUUUUUUUAAUAUUUAUAUGUA